GUAAUUGUGGAAAAGGCACCAAAAGCCAGAGUACCUGACCUAGACAAAAGGAAGUAUCUUGUGCCUUCUGACCUCACAGUUGGCCAGUUCUACUUCUUAAUCCGAAAGCGGAUCCACCUGAGGCCGGAAGAUGCCCUAUUCUUCUUUGUCAAUAAUACCAUCCCUCCCACCAGUGCUACCAUGGGCCAGCUGUAUGAGGAUAACCACGAGGAGGACUAUUUUCUCUAUGUGGCCUACAGCGAUGAGAGCGUCUAUGGCAAGUGA